UUGACGUCGUUGCUGCAAGGAUUGGCCAGUUUCGAAACACCUCCUGAACGGGAGUGACACUGGUCCGAACGCCCUUCAUCCCAUCAUCCAGUGUCGAGGAGUGAGAGAAGGCGCCUGGAACCGGUCUGUUCUGGGAGAAAAACCCAUCCGGACACCCGCAUCCCACGUAUUCCACAGCUCCUCAACGCCCCCGACCCAAGCUAAGCUUCACAUUAAGGUACACAGGGGUGAAGACUUGGCAUUGCGCGCCAAACAGGACCCGGGGAUCAGGCGUCGUCUUAAAACCCCGCCUCCCCCUGCCGGCUCGACUUUGCUACCGGAACUUGCUGAAAGCGAACGUCUGCUUGUGUGAUCUUCGCUCGCCCGAACCUUGGGUGACAGGGGUUGUUGAGGAAUUUGGCGUAGGAUGAGCUUCUUUCUCUGCGAUAUGGCACUCGCCUUUGAGCUAGUGGGCCGUUGAUACAGAGUGCUACGCGGCUUCGUUGUCACAGCCCAGUUUCAGACGCCCACAUCGCCCUCUGGAGCCCUCAUUCUCCUGCGAUCAACCUCUCUCAGACGCUGAUCCCCAACCCACCUCCCUGGCAUGGAUUUGGGGCGUGCAAGCGGCUCCAGACAAAGAGGCGGGAUGAGAUGGACCUGGGGAAGGGCCAGAGGAAGAGAAUGGAAGGGGAUUGGGGCCAGUCCUGGGUCCUUGGACCAUGGUUCUCUCAACUUCGUGAUCAAAUGUCUUGGCGCGGUUCCUGUUAGUGCGGAUGACACACUGGGACGUCCCUUGCUUUCCUUCUUCGACUCGUUGGACAUUUUGACUGUUUGGGUCUGUUUGCGGCUGCCUCUUGUUCUCCCCGAGGGUGGGUGGCAAGGCAGUUGAGGCUGCGGCUACGCGAUGGGCCAGGGAUGGGACCGGGCGUGAGGAAGCCCGGACGGCUGGUCUCAACUUCUGGCGCGGGAGAGGCGGAUUGAUCGUUGGCUCCCAUGCAAAGAUUUGGAUGGCAGUCCUGUGAGUGGCCAGGGAGAACCGUGCGUUGCCAUGUCGAGACUCCCUCCCUUAUAGCGUGUCGGUAUGAUGUAUGGUAUAGAUGGUGAUACUUGGCGCAGAGUACUGGCCGACACCCACCCCCCUUCCCUGGGUACUUGCGUAGACCGUCGAUGACAUACAAAUAGGUGCGUCUCUUCCCCGUUAUUCUGUUUCCUUCUUGUUUACACUACUCAAGCCAAAACUCUCUAGCCGUACUUGAUCUUUUCCCAUCAAUCUUUUCUCCUUGUAUAACAUAUCUGCUUGUCGCCGGCCGACCAUUCGUUCGAAUUUCAGAGACCAAAGAUUCACCGCUAUCAACAUGAAGUACUCCGUUUUCACUCUCUUCGCCGUCGCUGCCGCCUUCGUUGCUGCCGCUCCCACCAACAUGGCAGACAAACGUCAGGCCCCCCCAAGCACAGUCCCCGUCAACGAGGCCGCCAUGACUGACGCCAACGGCAACAUCGUUCCCUUCAACACCGCCGGCGUCUACCAGGCCAACAAGGAGGCUGGACUCUAAGAAAACAGGCCUCAACGCUCGGCUUAAAGAAAGAGGAGGGCACGAUUGGAGAGUCCGACAUACGAGCUGCAACUACAAUACGCAGUGCUAUAAAAUCCAAACUCAUAAUUGGGCGGCAGUACCAGGGAUCCGGGAGACUACAGGGCGAUUUUAGGCAUGCACCAUGGCAAAUCAAUCAAACCGAUUUGGCUUCAUUGUGAUUAGGGACCGGAAUCAUCGAGUUUGGGUGACACUCUCUCCCCUGGCCAAUUGUGGCAGAUAAUUCUGAAUAUACCUUGGCAGACAGUCGGCACACAUUCGGUUGCUU